CUCGACUGUACACUGUUCAUUUAAUUCUUCUUGCGGAUUCUGUAAAGUAUUUCUAGAGUUUAGAGUAGUUUAUAUACGACAGUAUUGAAGCAUCUACAUUGGAUAACUGGCGUAGACUUUCAGAAAGACGGGUCUCUUGUGUCGAAUAGAAAAAUUUCCUCAAUUUCAAUCUUAUAAAUCAGUAGUGUUGUUUUUUGCGCUGUUAUUAAGUAACUAGUUCAGUGGUAAUUUUAGGAUUAUUUCUUUUUAAAUUUUAUUGUAUAGUGACAGAUCAUCUUGAUGUGAAUACAAUAAACAGUUUAACUUGAUAAACGUACGAAAUCAUUUUCAAGGCAGCUAAUACCAAUAAUUAAAUCAUCAUGUACAAAAAUGGACCACCACCUUCUUACGAUGAGCCCCCACCAUGUGCACCACCCAGCUACUUUCAAAGCGUAGGCGGUGUGCCACCAGCUAGUCCAUUUACACCAGCUCCUACAUAUGCUACAGGACCAACCAUUGUCACAACAAUUGUGCCAUUGGGUCCAGGCCCAACUCACACCAUCUGUCCUCAUUGUCAUGCUGAGAUUGAAACGGCUACAAAAACCGAGCCAGGGAUGAUUGCUUAUAUUUCCGGAGUUAUUAUUGCUCUUCUCGGUUGCUUUCUGGGCUGUUGUUUAAUUCCAUGUUGUAUUGAUGAAUGUAUGGAUGUUCAUCAUACUUGUCCUAACUGCAAAGCUUAUUUGGGACGUCACGGAAGAUAAAAUCAGUUCCUAAUUACUACAGUCGUUGUAGUAAUAAUUAUGAUUGUUGAAAAGAUCUUUUCAGGGCUGUUUACUCUGUUAUCAAUUCAUGCACAAUACAUAGUAAAAACGAACGUGGCAGCUGAUAUUAAUGUUUGAUAAUCAUAUCAAUAACCAUAUUACUUUUUAAAAUUAUUAUUAAGCAUUUUUAAUCAAUUUAAAAAAAUUCUUGUAUGGUUGAUUUUCUUAUAAAGAAAUAAUUUAUGGAAGAUAAUUUAGAUCUGAAUAUGUUUAACAAAUUUUAAAUCUUGACACGAUACUUUCACCUUGACUACAGAAAUUAUUUUUGGAAUACAUUCCGACGCGAAAAUAUAUGCAAUUUUAUGAAAAAUAAUUUUAAUAAAUUUUAUCAAGUCUUAAUUGUAAUCAGGGAACACAAGUGCUAUUUCAGUGCCUUCAAAAUAUAGUACAAUAUUAGUUUAAGCUUCAAUGUUAUUAUAUAAUAAUACAUCAAAGAAUUAAUAAUAAUGAAUAUAUAUUAAAUAUAUUUAUAUUUAAUAAUUAA